CCAGUCAGCCCCCACUGGCCGUUACUCUCAGAGCCACCAUGCUGGCCUCCGGGCUGCUCCUGGUGGCCCUGCUGGCCUGCCUGACGGUCAUGGUGUUGAUGUCAGUGUGGCAACAGAGGAAGCUGGCAGGGAAACUGCCCCCUGGGCCCACCCCAUUACCCUUCAUCGGGAACUACCUACAGCUGAACACCGAGCAGAUGUACAAUUCUCUCAUGAAGCUCAGGGACCGCUAUGGGCCCGUGUUCACCGUGUACCUGGGCGCCCGGCGCGUGGUGGUGCUGUGUGGCCACGACGCGGUGAAGGAGGCCCUGGUGGACCAGGCGGAGGAGUUCAGCGGCCGAGGAGAGCAGGCCACCUUCGACUGGAUUGCCAAAGGCUACGGUGUGGUCUUCAGCAGUGGCGAGCGUGCUAAGCAGCUGAGGCGCUUCUCCAUCACCACACUGCGGGACUUCGGCGUGGGCAAGCGCGGCAUAGAGGAGCGCAUCCAGGAGGAGGCAGGCUUUCUCAUCGAAGCCAUCCGUGGCACUCAGGGUGCAUUCAUCGAUCCCACCUUCUACCUGAGCCGCACUGUCUCCAAUGUCAUCAGCUCCAUUGUCUUUGGGGACCGAUUUGACUAUGAGGACAAAGAGUUUCUGUCACUCCUGCGCAUGAUGCUGGGCAGCUUCCAGUUCACAGCCACGUCCACAGGCCAGCUCUAUGAGAUGUUCUACCCAGUCAUGAAGCACCUGCCAGGGCCACAGCAACAAGCCUUUAAGGAACUGCAGGGGCUGGAGGAUUUCAUAGCCAAGAAGGUGGAACAGAACCAGCGCACCCUGGACCCCAACUCCCCACGGAACUUUAUCGACUCCUUCCUCAUCCGCAUGCAGGAGGAGCAAAAGAACCCCAACACUGAGUUCUACAUGAAGAACUUGGUGAUGACCACCCUGAACCUCUUCUUCGCGGGCACUGAGACAGUCAGCACCACCAUGCGCUAUGGCUUCCUGCUGCUCAUGAAGCACCCCGAUGUGGAGGCCAAGAUCCAUGAGGAGAUCGACCGGGUGAUUGGCAAGAACCGCCAGCCCAAGUUUGAGGAUCGAGCCAAAAUGCCCUAUGUGGAGGCCGUGAUCCAUGAGAUCCAGAGAUUCGGAGACAUGAUCCCCAUGGGCCUGGCCCGCCGAGUCACCAAGGACACCAAGUUCCGCGACUUUUUCCUCCCCAAGGGUACCGAAGUCUUCCCUAUGCUGGGCUCCGUGCUGAGGGACCCCAAGUUCUUCGCCAGACCGCGAGAUUUCUAUCCCCAGCACUUCCUGGAUGAGAAUGGCCAGUUUAAGAAGAAUGAUGCCUUUGUGCCCUUCUCCAUUGGAAAGCGCUACUGUUUUGGAGAAGGCCUGGCUAGGAUGGAGCUCUUCCUCUUCCUCACUACCAUCAUGCAGAACUUCCGCUUCAAGUCCCCACAGGCCCCCCAAGACAUCGAUGUGUCCCCCAAAAACGUGGGCUUCGCCACCAUCCCACCAACCUACACCAUGAGCUUCCAGCCACGCUGAGCAGGGGUUGGGCCUGGGAGGGGAUGGGAUAGUGGUUUCCAGGGGCCAGAAGGGGAGGAGCUAACUGAUGGGAAGGGUGAAGGGCGGGGCAAUUUAAAGAUUGUGUGUGGGUGAGGAAAGUGGAAGCCUUAGGAAGCAAGAGAAAGAGGCUUUGGGGGCUUGCAUAGAGGAAGAAGGAACAAACUAUUCCCUUGCUAGAGAGGGUCUUCGGAGUUGGGAAAAGAGGCAGGGGAGGGAGCCUUAGGGAUUUGCUGUGAAAAAUAACUGCAAUACCGGAUAUGAGUUACUGACCCUGAACUUGGUGUUUUUAGCCCCAUGCUAAAAAGCAUUACAGACUCUUACUGCUCACAAACCUUGAAGAUGUGAAGUGUUCUUGCCUAAAUGCAUUUUACUGGCGGUAGUGUUGGGGCUCAUAGUGCCCUGAUUCUAUAGCUGAGGUUCCACUCUGUACAAGCAAGAUUUGGGCAAGGACUCUCAUGCAAAAGGAAGCUCAUUCCUGCAGAUGGUUUAUAGAACACCUCUCCUUCAAGUGAAAACAAAUUUAGUGUAUUGUUGAGGAAUGCAAGUAGCUCUGUCCAGGGCAUUUUUGUGCUCACCUGCCUUCACUACAAUGCUUUCACACCCCAACACCAUCACCAACUACAGCUACUGGUUCCAUUCUAGGCAGGAUCAGGGAUAGGAAUCAGACUGACAGUGAGAGACAUAGCUCCCAGCGCAGCGGAGACCUUUUGUGUGCAUGUUUGGGUGUGUGUAUGUAUUUGUGUGUGUGCACACUCAUUCACACAGGCAAGUGUCCACCUUCUCCUGAGUAGGUUCAGGAACUCAAUUUUCUGUGGGUUUCUGCAGGGUGGGCCCUAUCUGAUGCAUCUGGGAUCUGCUCUCAAAGACUGGGAACCACCUACUUACUCUCAAGUCAGUGAUUACAUGUUUGUUUAGAAGUGACGGUCUUGGAGCUGAAGAUACAUUACAGCAUAUAGUGAGCUUACUACCUGGGGUCGAUCCCAGGCAUCCCAUAUGGUCCCGCUGGGCACCACCAGGAGCAAUUUCUGAGUGUAGAGCCAGAAGUAACCCCUGGGCAUCUCUGAAUGUGACCCAAAAUUUAGAAAAUAAAAAAGUGAUAGCCUUCAAGAGUGCAUAUUCUAAAUAGGCAAACACACCAGUCCCCCAUAGAGCACUGUGCUUCUCAGCCAAGUGCUGCAUAAACCCUGCCCCACAGUUUCCAAAGCGGCACAAGAUUUAAAUAAAGUGGUGGGGGGUGGGGAGAGGGUUCAGAAGAGUGUUGAGAUCUGGUCCUCCAGAACCUUCAGGUUUCUUACCUCUGUGAUUCAUAAGUAUGUUCGUUUCCUCUACUGUGUGUUUUUGCAUCUGUGAAUUCAUGAAUGGAUGAGUUCUUUCUUAAUGAAGGGGAAGGAGAGUAAUUCAUCAAAUAACAUCCUGUAGCACAAUUUUUAACACCCAAGUUGAGUGUCAAACUCAUUCCUCUGUGUGCAUGUGCCUUUAAGAAUCUUCUAGGACCCCAGAGACAGUGCAGCAGGUAAGAUGCUUACCUUGUGCAACAUACCCAGGUUGGAUCCCUGGCACCAUAUAUGGUUCCCCGGCCUCACCAGGAGUGAUGCCUGAGCACAAAGCCAGGAGUAAGUCCUUAGAACUGCAAGGUUUGUCUCCCCCAAAACAAAGAAAAGAGACUUCUAACGGACCCUCUCCAUAGGGUCCCCCGAGCACCACCAGGAAUGAUUCCUGAGUGCAGAGCCAGAAGUAAACCCGAGAAUCACCAGUGUGCAAAAAAUAAAACAAAUAUAAAAUAAAAUUGAAAUGUUCUAACAGGACAUAGAUGGAGGUCACUUUGAAGACUUAUGUGACUGGUGAAGAGACAGGUGUUGAAACAUUGUAUGACUGAAACCCAAAUAACUGUGUAUCUCACAGUGAUUUAAUUAAGAGAGAAAGAGAGAGUUAUGUGUCAUUUUACACUCCAGAAGCCUUUGCCAUAAAGCUGUGUGUCCACAGACUCUGGAAACUGGAGGAAUGUUUGGGGGGCGGGGAGAGCUUUUGGGCUCACACCUGGCGAUGCUCAGGGAGUACUUCUGGCUCUGCACUCAGAAAUUAUUCCUGGUGGUGCUCAGGGGACCAUAUGGGAUGCCAGGAAUCGAACCCAGGUCAGCCACAUGCAAGGCACACACCCUCCCCACUGCUGUAUGGAUCUGGCCUGAGUGUAACCUUUUGACACUGGAUUCUUUCACCAAACUCUUUGAGGUUCAUCCAAGCUGCCUGUGAAUAGUUGGUCUUUUUUUAUUGCUGACAAGUUUGAUUGUGUGGUGCUGCCAAGAUUUACUCACCCAUUCAGCUCCAAAAUACAUUUAAUUUGUUUCCAGUUUGCAGAGAUUAUGAAUAAACAUGAUUAUGCUGUAAAGAUCCACGCAUAGGGCUGGAGAGAUCGUACAAGACGUAGUGCACUUACAGAGUGUGACGUUGACCUCAGUUCAAUCUCUGGCACUGCAUAUGGUCCUUCAAACUUCUCCAGUAGUCAUCCCUGAGCACAGAGCCAGGAGUAAGCCCUGAGCAUUUCUGAGUGUAGCCCCAAAACCAAAAGUAUAAGUAGUCAUGUAUAGAUUUUGGUGUGAGCACAAGUUUUUAUUUCUUUUGUUCUGGGAAAGUGAGUGUUGGUCCAUACCUGGUGAUGCUCAGGGGUCACUCCUGGUGGCUCUCACGGGAUUAUACGUGGUGCUGGGGUCAUUCACAUGCAAGGCAAACUCCUUAACUCCUACACUGUUGUGGAAUUCAAAAAUCCAGCAAAAAAUCAAGCUGCACAUCUUGAGAAAUAGAGAAAUGCUCUUUUAUUUUGCUAGUGGAUCCAGUUGAGCUUGUGCCCCUGAACUGGGCCCAGAACAAAGUUGAAAGCUCUGUUUUCUAGAAUAUCUGAUGAGGGUGAGGGCUUUUGCAGGCAUCUGGCAGGAAACUACAGAAGCAGCAAUUCCCAAGCAGUUUGCAAAGCAGGGUCUGGACCACUUCAGGGCCACAUCUGGAGGACAUGCCAGGGUUUCCAAGGUUACAGAGCCAGGCUAUGACCAUCUUAGGGACAUCCCAAAUGUACUCCAUGUUUAUACCAUGUCCCCCAGACUCUGCUGCCCCUGACAGCUCCAACUCACUGCCUUCUAGCCUGUUCGGGUCUGUUUUCCUCAUAUAUAUAUAUAUAUAUAUAUAUCCCUCUCUCCCUCUCUGUCUCUCUCUGUCUCUCUGUCUCUCUCUGUCUCUCUCUCUGAUUUCCACAAGCUUUUAUUGUUUGAGAAUAAAUAGCUAGAAGAGAUUCUGGGUCAUCUGGUGACAUGUACAUGGAACAUUUUAAGAGAUUAUCAGAGAUAAGGCACUGGUAGAACUUUACAAGAAAAAACAUCCAACCCCAUCAAAAAAGGGGAAAAGAAAUGAGCAGAAAGUUUCUCAAAGAAGAAAUACAAAUGGCUAAAAGACAUAUGGAAGGGCUGGAGAGAUAGCACAGCGGGUAGGGCGUUUGCCUUGCACACAGCCGACCCGAGUUUGAUUCCCAGCAUCCCAUAUGGUCCCCUGAGCACCGCCAGGAGUAACUCCUGAGUGCAGAGCCAGGAGGAACCCCUGUGCAUUGCCGGGUGUGACCCAAAGAGCAAAAAAAAAACAAAA